AUGUCAAACACUGCUAUCGCGAAGCCUCUGACGCUAAAAUGCGGCCUCACUCUGCCGAACCGCCUCUCGAAGGCCGCGAUGGCUGAGAAUUGGGCCGACAAGGACGGUUUGCCAGUCGAAGCGAUGCAGACCGCAUAUUCAACAUGGGCAGAGGGCGAAUGGGGUCUCGUCAUGACUGGCAACGUGCAGGUCGAUAUCAAGUACCUGGGCUCACCUUCGGAUGUCGCUUACAACGAAACGAUUCCAUACGAGCGUAUGCUGUCAGCAUGGAAGUCCUGGGCUGCCGCGUGCAACCGCAACGGUACCCCGACCAUUGUACAGAUCAACCACCCUGGCCGUCAAUCGCCCCUGGGUGCUGGCAAGCGUGGUUUCCGCGAGAAGGCAUUGUGCCCCAGCCCGGUGCCGCUGAACCUGGGAGAUGGUUUCAUCCCGCGUCUGAUCAACUCGCUCCUCUUCGGCACACCGCGUGAGAUGACCAUUGAUGACAUCAAGGACGUGGUCCGCCGCUUCGCGCUCACGGCCAAGCUCGCUUCCGACGCAGGUUUCGCGGGUGUUGAGAUUCACGCCGCCCAUGGCUACCUCCUGGCUCAGUUCAUGUCAGAGAAGAUCAACCAGCGCACUGAUGAGUAUGGCGGCUCAUACGCUGGACGCGCCAAGAUUGUUGUCGAGGUCAUCCGCGCUAUUCGCGCCGCAGUCCCGAAGGAGUUCUGUGUCGGCAUCAAGUUCAACUCGGUUGACCACCAGUCCCAAGCCGAGCUUGCUGGGUGCAUUGAGCAGUUAAAGCUGAUCACGGACGCUGGCGUUGACUUCCUCGAGAUUAGCGGUGGCACCUAUGAAGAUCCUUUGAUGUCUACUGGUGUUGCCGAUGAGAAGAAGUCCGAGCGCACGAAGGCUCGCGAGGCCUUCUUCCUCGAGUUCGCCAAGGCCAUCCGCAACGACUUCCCAGAUGUUCCUCUGAUGGUCACUGGUGGCUUCCGAACUCGUCAGGGUAUGGAUGCUGCUCUCUCCAGCAAAGCCUGUGACAUCAUUGGCGUUGGAAGACCGGCAGUCCUCAACCCUUUGUUGCCCAAGAACACCAUCUUGGCUGCUGAUGUGAAAGAUGAAGACGCCAAGCUGUACGCGAGAAAGAUUGAGGCACCUUGGAUUGCUACUAAGCUCGGAAUUAAGGCCAUCGGCGCUGGCGCUGAGUCGGCUUGGUAUGGAGGUGAGAUUCGCAAGAUGGGACUGAAGCUGUAG